AUGUUUGACUGCCCAUCUGACUGCUACAAUCUAGGCUUGGCCGUCUACUGUGAAUAUGGUGGUGUGUUGCCCACCGGACCAUUGCUGCAACAAUACCGUUCCGAUUUUCCCGUAUCACUAACCGAAGUCAUCAGCUCUCAAACACAUGGUUACGGGUGUUUUGCAGAAGCGAACUCGACGUCGAUAAUAGAUUGCGGGCGC